GCUGGUGAGUUUUGUCUCAAAUCGGAGGACGGGUGCAAAGCCGCUCUAAGCGAAAAGAAUCGAUGCGGCUGCUUAAAUUAUACUUUAUAAUUUGGGCAUAUAUGUGGAUUACCAAUUGAACGUUUGGUUUUAUAUUUAAUCGAUUGGGCAGGGCGUAUCAUUCAAAAUGUUUCGAAUGCCAAUAUGGAUUGUAAUACAAUGUAAUGCAUAUUCUUCUUAUAUUACACAAUAGAUUCUUCGAAAGGCAGAUAAGAAGAGUAUUCCAAAGCUAUUCAGUUUAAUUAACAGAGAAUCCCAUAAAAAGAGGAGCACGCCCUCCUCGAAAGUCAGUUAGAGAGAAUGUUAGCCCCACUAAUCCUCCUGCAGAUUGCGGCUCUGCCUUGGUUGGCUGUCGGAGAUCAGCGGAUCAUAAACGGAAACACUGUCAACAUUAAGGAUGCCCCGUGGCAUGCCUCUAUCAUAGUCGAUUCGAAGCUGAAGUGCGGUGGCGCCAUUAUCUCGAAGAACUACAUCCUGACUGCCGCCAAGUGUGUGGAUGGCUACAGUGCCAGGAGCAUACAAGUCAGGUUGGGAACCAGCAGCUGCGGCACUGGUGGAUCGAAUGUCGGAAUCUGCGAGGUCAAAGUUCAUAGCCAGUACUCUAGCUGGCGCUUCGACAAUAACCUGGCUCUAUUGAAAACCUGCGAGCUACUCAAAACCACCGAUGAAAUAAAACCAAUUGAGAGGGCCAUCAAAGUGCCGGAAGAUAAUUCCCGAGCCAAUGUUACUGGCUGUGGCGGCAGAUCGGGCAAUUUUCUUGACCUUAUCAUAGACAACAGGAUUAUCAGCGGGAUAGAAGAGAAGUGCUUCCAGCUGCCUGUCCACUUGUACGGCACUCAAGUGCGGAUCCUUAGCCAAAAGCAGUGCGCCGCCGACUGGAAAGUCUUACCGUUCUACUUACUCAAGGGAAUCUCAGACCUGACCAUCUGCACCAAGUCGCCGGGCAAGGGAGCCUGCUCCUCAGACAGGGGUGCGCCGCUGGUCAUGGACAACAAGCUCGUGGGCAUCCUCUCCAGAGCGGGCUGCUCCAUUAAGCCCGAUGUCUACGCAAAUAUCCUGAGGCACACGAACUGGCUGGACUCGAAUACGAAGGAUUAAUGUCUUGCUGUGAAUAGUUGAGUUUAAUGAUAAUAUUACCUUGCCUUCUGUAGAUA